UGUGUCUCUCACGUCCAAAUCCAGCUGAUUUUGACAUGGAGUUUUACUGAAAAUCUCUGUGCUUUUGGAGCAGAAAGUUGCGAGAAAGUUGAGAAAAUUGAAAAAGUUGUGUGUUGGGAAAAAGGAGCAUUGUUGGUGCUACAUGUAUAUUGAUUAUAUAAGUGCUAUCUCCAGCAAUUUGAAAUGAUAUCGAGCAGGUUCCACCGGUUUCACAUAAAGUGCCUUACCAGACAUUUAUUCGCCACUGCAUCCACGAAGGAAGUUUCUGUGGCACUUCCACUAAUCAGCAGCAGAUUGGCCGUUAAUCCCUUCAAAAUGGGUUCCAUCAAUUGCAAAAAUUUUUCUUCAACAAAAACCGCCGAUGAGGAUGUUGAUUCACCCGCCGAACCUAAAUCAAAACCAUCGAGUGCAUCAUCGAGUAUGGAUCGUGACCUAGGUGUUGACUAUGUUGAGGGCAUUGUAUGUGCCGAGGGGGAUAUUGGGGAGAAUGAAAUGAAACAAUUUGACCUCACGGACGCCGGGAAGGUGCUCCUUGUGCGACAAAAUGGCAAACUAUCGGCUCUAGGGACAAAAUGUACCCACUACGGAGCUCCCCUCUCGAGUGGGGCACUCAGCAAUGGACGCGUACGUUGCCAGUGGCAUGGGGCGUGCUUCAAUCUCACCACUGGAGACAUUGAGGACUUUCCAGGGCUGGAUUCCCUGCCGUGCUACCAAGUUAGCGUGGAAGCGGGUCAGGUGAAAGUUCGUGCAAAACGUACGGAACUUGAGACAAAUAAGCGGGUAAAAGAUAUGGCAAAACGUGAUCCUAGCAAUGUAAGAACAUUCGUAAUUGUCGGUGGGGGCCCUUCAGGGGUCACAUGCGCACAGACAUUGCGUGAAGAAGGCUUCACGGGGAGAAUUGUGCUCAUCUGCAAGGAAAACGUCCUCCCGUAUGAUCGUAUUAAGGUGAAUAAAGCAAUGGAUUCCAAAUUGGAAGCAAUAACACUGCGUAAGCAAGAAUUCUACGAUGCAAAUGACAUUGAAGUUAUGCUAGAUGUUGAGGCAACUAAGCUAGAUACAAAGGAUCAGACGGUUUCAUGCAAUAAUGGCUAUAUAAUUAAAUACGACAAGAUCUACAUUGCUACGGGAUCUAAGGCUAGGAAGCACAACUGCCCAGGGAAUGAUCUACCUAAUGUUAUUACUAUGAGGGACUACGCAGAUGCCCAAUACGUUGUUUCGCAGAUGACGGAGAAGAUGCACGUCGUGGUUCUGGGAGUGAGUUUUAUUGGACUCGAAGCAGCUGCAUACCUUGCUGGAAAGGUGGCCAGAGUGACGGUGGUGGGGCGGGGAGCGGUGCCCCUUGAACCUGUAUUUGGUCGUGAAGUUGGUGGAAGAAUAAUGCAAAUGUUCCGGGAUAAGGGGGUACAAUUCGUCAUGAAUAGUGGGAUUGAUCGAUGCUUGGAGGAAAAUGGAAAACUCUGUGCUGUUCAACUAGCUGAUGGACAGAUAAUUCGUGCGGAUCUUUGCAUAAUGGGCGUCGGAUCAACACUCUACACGGAUUUCUUGAAAACUUCCGGCGUUGAGGUGAAUCCAGAUGGAUCAAUUGACACAGAUCUCUACUUGGAAGCUAAUGCGCAGAAUGUUUAUGUUGGUGGUGACAUUGCCAAUGCACCGGUGCAUUCUAUUGGCCUCGAUCGUGCCACAAUUGGUCACUAUGGGCUAGCACAGUACCACGGACGCAUUGCUGCAUUGAAUAUGUCGGGGAAGAGGACACAACUACGUGCUGUACCCUACUUCUGGACAGUUCUCUUUGGCAAAUCCUUCCGGUAUGCUGGCUAUGGGAAAGCCCAUGAAAUUCGUGUUGUUGGCAGCCUGCAGGAUCUCAAAUUCGUGGCAUUCCACUUUGAUGAAUCCGGCAAAGUUAUUGGGAUGUGUUCAUGCAACAGAGAUCCAAUUGUUUCGCAAUUUGCUGAACUACAAAUGCAAGGUAAAACCCUCCGAAAAGAAGAUCUCGAAACUGAACCCUUUGCAUGGACAUCCACAAUAAUCUCAUGUCAGAAAAUGUAAAAAAUAAAUAAACAAACAAAAACCCCGCAGGAAUUGUAAAUAAAACAAAAAUCUACUGCUGUUUCCUCCGUUCCUCCGAAGAGUCAUCAAACAGUAUUUUUAGCAACUUAUUUAAGUUGAUGUUAAACAAAAAAAUAAAUAAAUUAUUGCAAGUUGUUCAUGUGUUUUCGCAUCAA